GGAAACGGGUGAGUCAGGCACUGUCUACGCGUUAAAGAGAGGCGGCACCGCGGCGUAGGGUUGAGUUAGGUCAGCGCGGCCCCCGCGCAGUCUCUUUAGGGACACCGCGGUCUUAGCGUCAGCGAGCAGAGGGUGAGGAGGCGCCAGAGCCCGGUCCUUGCCUCCGUACUCGUCCUCAGCUCCCCGCCAGCAUCUCCACCAUGCAGUCCCGGGAAGAAGCUCCGCGCUCUCGCCGCCUCGCCAGUCCCCGCGGCGGAAGGCGGCCCAAGAGGCUUUCCAAGCCCUCGGUUUCGGCUUUUUUCACGGGCCCGGAGGAGCUAAAGGACACGGCCCAUUCCGCAGCCCUGCUGGCCCAGCUCAAGUCCUUCUACGACGCGCGGCUGCUCUGUGAUGUGACCAUCGAGGUGGUCACUCCUGGCAGCGGGCCUGGCACGGGCCGCCUUUUUUCCUGCAAUCGUAACGUGCUGGCUGCCGCGUGUCCCUACUUCAAGAGCAUGUUCACCGGCGGCAUGUACGAGAGUCACCAGACGAACGUGACCAUGCACGAUGUGGAUGCCGAGUCCUUCGAGGUGCUGGUCGAUUACUGCUACACGGGUCGUGUGUCAUUAAGUGAGGCCAACGUGCAGCGCCUGUACGCCGCCUCCGACAUGCUGCAGCUCGAGUAUGUGCGUGAAGCCUGUGCCUCCUUCCUAGCUCGCCGCCUUGACCUGGCCAACUGCACGGCCAUCCUGAAGUUCGCCGACGCCUUCGACCAUCACAAGCUGCGAUCACAGGCCCAGUCGUUUAUAGCCCACAACUUCAAGCAGCUCAGCCGCAUGGGUUCGAUUCGGGAGGAGUCUCUGGCAGAUCUGACCCUGGCCCAACUGCUGGCCGUCCUGCGCCUGGACAGUCUAGACGUCGAGAGUGAGCGGACAGUGUGCCACGUGGCGGUGCAGUGGUUGGAGGCGGCUCCCAAGGAGCGGGGUCCCAGCGCUGCAGAAGUCUUCAAGUGUGUCCGCUGGACACACUUCACCGAUGAAGAUCAGGAUUACCUGGAAGGACUGCUGACCAAGCCCAUUGUGAGGAAAUACUGUCUGGACCUUAUCGAAGGAGCCCUGCAGAUGCGAUAUGGUGACAUGUUGUACAAGUCUCUGGUGCCAAAGCCAGAGAGCAGCAGCGGCGGCAGCUCUGUUGUGUCGAUGGCAGAAAAUCCACCUCAGAGGCUGGGUAUGUGUGCCAAGGAGAUGGUGAUCUUCUUUGGACAUCCCAGAGAUCCCUUUCUGUGCUAUGACCCAUACUCAGGGGACAUUUACACAAUGCCAUCACCUUUGACCAGCUUGGCUCACACUAAGACUGUCACCUCCUCAGCUGUCUGUGUCUCUCCAGACCAUGACAUCUAUCUGGCCGCCCAGCCCAGGAAGGACCUCUGGGUGUAUAAACCAGCCCAGAACAGUUGGCAGCAACUUGCUGACCGCCUGCUCUGCCGUGAGGGCAUGGACGUGGCAUACCUCAAUGGCUACAUUUACAUUUUGGGUGGGCGGGACCCUAUUACUGGAGUUAAAUUAAAGGAAGUGGAAUGCUACAGUGUUCAGAGGAACCAGUGGGCCUUAGUGGCUCCUGUACCCCAUUCCUUCUAUUCCUUUGAACUAAUAGUGGUUCAGAACUAUCUUUAUGCUGUGAACAGUAAGCGCAUGCUCUGCUAUGAUCCUAGCCAUAAUAUGUGGCUGAACUGUGCUUCUCUUAAACGCAGUGACUUUCAGGAAGCCUGUGUCUUCAAUGAUGAGAUCUAUUGUAUCUGUGACAUCCCAGUCAUGAAGGUGUAUAACCCAGCCAGGGGAGAAUGGAGGCGGAUUAGUAAUAUUCCCCUGGACUCUGAGACCCACAACUAUCAGAUUGUCAAUCAUGGCCAAAAGUUGCUCCUCAUCACCUCUACAACCCCACAAUGGAAAAAAAACCGGGUGACUGUGUAUGAAUAUGAUACUAGGGAAGACCAGUGGAUUAAUAUAGGUACCAUGUUAGGUCUUUUGCAGUUUGACUCUGGCUUUAUUUGCCUCUGUGCUCGUGUUUAUCCUUCCUGCCUUGAACCUGGUCAGAGUUUCAUCACUGAGGAAGAUGAUGCACGGAGUGAGUCUAGUACUGAAUGGGACUUAGAUGGAUUCAGUGAACUGGACUCUGAGUCAGGAAGUUCAAGUUCUUUUUCUGAUGAUGAAGUCUGGGUACAGGUAGCACCUCAGCGAAAUGCACAGGAUCAGCAGGGUUCUUUGUAAAUAUUUUGAAAUACCAAGAUGUUUCUACUGCUAUGGAAUAUAUCUUAAAAAGGUGUCCUUUUCUUUUCCUGAAAAAAAAAAAUUGAUUAGGGCUGCAGAUUUGGUUUAGAAAGGAUAAUGUUUGAAUUGCUAAUGUAAUGUUACAAAGUUUAAACAGUCCAUGAAAUCAACUAUAUAAUAAUUUACUGUGCAGAACGUGGAGAUUAA